AUGAGUAUCACCACUCAAGAACUAGAAAAGCACAGCAAAGAGAUCGAUCCGGAAGAUCAGACUUCAAUCGAGGCUCUACAAGAUGCAGAGCCGCGCCUCGAAUCAAAAGAUGGCCUUCAAUCCACCAUUGCUGCAGAGCCAAAAACUUCUAGUGCUCCCGACAACGAGGAUGCGGAUCCUGAGUACAUCAAAGGCUUAAAGUUGGCAAUUGUGAUCGGAGUCGUGGCUCUUGCUUCAUUCACCAUGUUGCUAGAUACCUCUAUUGUUGUAACGGCCAUCCCUCGAAUCACCAGCGAUUUCCAUUCUUUGGAUGACGUUGGCUGGUACGGAAGUGCAUAUCUACUUUCAAAUUCAUCUUUGCAGCCACUGACCGGCAAAUUCUACCGUCAAUUUAGCUCCAAGUGGACAUUUCUCGUCUUCUUAGGUAUCUUUGAGCUUGGUUCUCUGAUAUGCGGUGUCGCUCAAUCGUCGAAGAUGCUCAUUGUAGGAAGAGCUGUUGCUGGUAUGGGUGGGUCGGGACUGAUGAAUGGAGGCUUGACAAUUCUAGCUGCUUGCUCUCCGCCUGAAAGAAGACCUACUCUGAUGGGUUUCCUCCUGGGCUUUGCACAACUCGGCAUCCUGCUUGGACCUUUGCUUGGAGGCGUAUUGACACAGUACACUACCUGGAGAUGGUGCUUCUUCAUCAAUCUCCCCAUCGGCGCCGUAGUCGCAGGUAUCCUCCUCUUGAUUCAAGUCCCUACUCGACUAGCCGGAAAGGUACCCCUUACAGCAACCUUCCGCUCCAUCUUCCACGUCUUCGACAUCGGUGGCUUCCUCCUCUUCGCACCUAGCAUUAUCAUGUGCCUUCUGGCUCUCGAAUGGGGCGGUUCAACCUACCCAUGGGAUAGCGCGAAGAUCAUUGGACUGUUCUGUGGUGCGGCAGGGAACUUUGCAUUAUUCUUGUACUGGGAGCAUAGGAAGGGAGAGGGAGCCAUGAUACCAUUGGCCAUGUUCAAAAACAGGAUCGUGUGGACGUCUGUCGUCGUUGCGUUCUUCCUUGGUGCUACGAUGCUGAUUACUUCGUACUAUAUGGCGAUAUACUUCCAGGCCGUCAGAGGGAGAAGCCCAACGAUGAGCGGUGUUGAUGUUGUAGUUGGUAUCGUUACAACGUUGAUUUGUGCUGUUGGAUCAGGCAUUCUAGCAGUUGGUCGCAUUGGCUAUUAUCUACCCUUCGCAAUCGGUGGUGCCGCUCUCAACGCGAUUGGUUGCGGCUUGAUAUCAACAUGGACUCCGACCACCAGCACAGGAAAGUGGAUUGGCUACCAAAUCAUCGCAGGCAUUGGUCGAGGAUCUGGUAUGCAAAUGGGUCUCGUUGCAAUCAGUGGCGCUCUAAGCGCAGCAGAAAAUUCUAUCGGCAUGGCACUUCUCAUCUUCGCUCAACAAUUCGGAGGCUCGGUCUGGCUGGCCGUCGCUUCUACAAUAUUCACCAAUGGUCUUAACAAAUCCCUCGCAAAAUACGCACCAGAAGUCGACCCAAAGGUUGUUGUCAAUGCUGGAGCUACUGGUUAUCGAUCCGUUGUCCCGGCUUCAGCAGUACCGGGAGUGAUUCAGGCGUACAGUCAGGCUGUAAAUUAUGCGUUCUAUCUUGCAGCUGCGUGUGGAGUUGCCUAUUUUGUUUUUAGUUGGGGCAUGGGAUGGAAGAGUGUGAAGAAGCCCAAGAAAGUGGAGCCAGCUGUGUAA